AUGACAGUACCACAGGAGCACCAGCUGGGAGAGCCAUAUCUUGGUCGUUCAAACAGUCUGUUGGUUCAAAUCCCAACAUGGGCUGACAUGGUGGCUUUUGGGCAGGGAAAGGCGCAGAUGAACAAUGGUUAUCCAAGGUCCGUUGUGCACCCUGAUAUCUGUCUGCUCAGUUCCAAGAUUCUGGCCAAGGUUCACGACGAUAUAGAUUGCACCCAUUCUUCACUUCUACUGUUCUCCGGUGCCCAGGCAGCGCUCUCCUGCAAGGACUAUAUUCUCCUGCUCUCGCAGGCUAAGGAUCAGCCAACCGUCGCUGAUUCGAUUCGGGUGUACUGGGUGGACUUCAGUAGCUCAGUGUGUUGUGGUCACCACACUCGCUCGUCUGGGUCAUUCCUUUAUGCCAUCCUCUACCCCAGUGCGGCGUCUCAGAAUGCUCAUGCGUUUUGGCAACGCGCGGGGCCAGGGAUAUCAUCGCGGUUGGCACAGCAAUGUCUGAAGGACGACUCUGGACCUCGGAUCCACGCAUUGACUGUUCAUACCACCACCAUACGGGGCAUCCUUCCCGACUCUAAUCCUGUGUACGAGGAACUCUGUUCUAGGAUUGCAGGUUAUGUGCAGCACCGGGCGGCUGAGCCGCGGAUCACUAAGCAGGUCGCUGCCUCCGAUGUCUUCUUAUAUGCCUCCGGAAUGGCGGCCAUCUUCCACGUGCAUCAGUCCAUUUUGGACUGGCGAAACGGGGAGUCCGUGAAUGCUGGCCUCCUGUAUGAGCCGACCCUCAGGAUCCUGCAAACGAAAGGGCCAGGGUUAAGGUCCUAUAACCUAGGAACGGAGGCUGACUUGAAUCAUCUUACUGCCCAGCUGGAGCUUGGAUCAGAGGAUGCUCGCGCGGGGAUAGAUCCUCUGCAGACGACUGAAACAGUCGAUUUACAGCGCUUACGCCGGCUGGCGGAUCAACAUGAAAUUCUUGUCGUAGUGGACGAUAGCGUCGCCAGCUUCGCCAACGUCGAUCUGUUGGAAGUGGCGGAUAUUGUCGUCACCUCCCUGUCUAAAUACUUCAGCGGGUAUGCCCAUUUAAUGGCAAGAAGUGCGAUUCUGAAUCCCAAUUCGACUCACUACGCCGCUCUGCAGAAACAGAUGUCCGCCACGUACGAGAACAGCCUCUUCGUCGAAGAUGCGAUCCAGCUAGAAUUCAAUAGCCGGGAUUUCUUAGCUCGCAUGGCUCGAAUCAAUGAUACCACGCAAUACCUUGUCACCCAGCUUUUGCCUCUCGUCUCGGAUCCCGCGAGCCCGCUAACGCAUAUUUUCUACCCAUCCGUGUGCUCAUCCCGUCCAUACUACGAGCGUCAGAUGCGUCCUCGCUGGUCUGAAAGGCCUCGCUCAGGGUAUGGGGGCGUCUUCACAAUGGAUUUCGCCGACGUCGCAAGCUCUUCUGUCUUCUUUGACCACUUACACGUCUAUAAGGGGCUCUCGUUUGGUGCGGAUGUCUGCAUUGCGUCGCCCUAUAUGCAGAUGACGGGGCAGACCAGUAAGAAACAGGUGUCUGCCAAUGGCACGAAUGAUACCAUCAUCCGGUUCUCCGUGGGUCUGGAGGAGGUCGAGGAUAUCCUGCAGCGGAUCAACACCGCGCUAGAUGCUGCGACCCUGGUGUAUAUGGCCAAGGGUCAUAUGUCCCCGUAG